AUGAUUUUCUCCUCCUCCUCCUCCUCCUCCUCCUCCUCCUCCUCCUCCUCCUCCUCCUCUGUUCCUACUGCUACUGCUGCUAUUACUACUACUACUACUACUACUUCUAAUACCACUACUACUACUACUAAUACCACUACCACCACUACUACUACUUCUACAACGACUCAUCACCAUCAUCCUCCCGUUUCUACUUUUCCUCCUUCCUCUCCAUCGUCAUCACCAUCCUCCCUCCCCCUCUUCCUCCUCCUCCUACUCAUCAUCAUCAUUGUCAUCAUCAUCCUGGAUCCUCACACUAACCCCAUGACCCUGACCUUUAUCCCUCUGAAAUUUUGGGUAAGACUAAGUCUAAUUGGGAGGAGAGAGGGUCUUAACUCCCGUCCCUCGCAGGACACAAUUCACAUAAAAAUACAGCAACAUUUCUCUACAUACUCCCUCUAUAUCCGUCAAACGUGACCACUGUCAGAUGCCUACACCUCUUUACGAGGGCAUCAGCGGGUCUGUUUUCCGUCAGCAGUCUACAGAGGGUUUACCAGGCCGCUUUGUACAAUGCAAGUAAAUAAGUCGCAGCGACUGCCCGGGUUCCUUUAAGUGUUGCAAACGUAAGAUCAACAGCGGCCUCUGUUUUGUUCAUCGGAAAGAACCCGCGAGUUUACUCAGAGUUGCUUUUUCUUAUUCCUGCACUGGUUGAUAUAUGAGAUAUAAUUUGGCGACUGUGAUGCUCUAAGUAAAGACUGAGUCCUGGGCAGAUUGGAUGGAGAAACCUAGCGGUAUUCCACUCUGUUCAGCUGUUGAUCGUCUGAUUGGAAAGGAUGAUCUUGUCCUUCCAUUUUGUUUAGUUGAGGAGCAGUAUAGGCGAAUGCUAGGCGAAGGUUAACUCUGCUCUGCCUUUGCUCUGUCCUUUGUAUCUAUCUAAGAUACUGACGACGAUCAGAUAGGAAGGCCAAUUGAAAAAAUAAAGAGCAGGGACUCCUGUACUGUGGGAAGAAUGGCGAUACCACUUUUAUUAGUAACACAGAGGGGGUCGAUAAUAAACAAAUUCGGCGGAGGCCAUUGAGAAAACUCACAUUUCUAUCGUAUAUAUAUUAUUACUCGAAUGAGGUGCCCAAAUCAAACCGCGCGAUUUACAAUAAGGGCAUAUAAGCCGGCGAAAAAAAAGGAUUUCCGAGGUUACUGGCUAAAUAGGGUCGGACUGGGUAAGACGGUAUGCGGCAGGCAGACUUAAUACUGGCCCUAAUCCUAACUCUACCCCUUUCCCUAACCCCAAUCUCCAACUAAGUCUUAACAUUGCACCUCAUUUUGACCUUAAACACAACUGUUAUUAUUUUCUUAAACUUGACUCAUGUAGCAUGUCAAUCUAAUUCAAAUAAACAGGCAUGUCGCAGAACUAAAAACAUAGGGCUUACAUAUUCGAUUAUUGCCAAGUCGCCCUCUGACAACUGAGCCCAUUUGCUGCUAUCCCCUUUUCGUUUCUUUUUUAGGCCAAGAGUGCAGGAAAGGACGAUGCAAAAAUAUAAGGCGACGUGAGCAUUAAAUGCUGACACCACCAUCCAAUACCUACUAAUCCCCUCAGCUUCAUCACAUUCACCUGGCAACUCGAGUUAACCCUUCAUCUUGCGCUAAGUUUGCCAUGUUGGCGCGCGAACUCUCGCAUGUCUGAUGUACACCCGAGAACACACACACACAAACACACCCUUUCAUUAACUGGCUUACCAAUGAUUCCUUACCGCUGUCAUGUUCUUAAAAUUCUCCUUGAAGUUUAAUAAAUUGAUUAAAGGUCUGGAGGGCGGAGAUGGGAUAACCCGCGAUUGUAGCCAAACGGACUCAUCGUGUGCGUUAAGGGGGGGGGAGGCAAGUGAGCCGUGGAUGUCCGCCAAACGUGACCACUGUCAGAUGCCUACACCGCUUUGUCCAGCUUAAUGUUCCAAUGCAAGUAAAUAACUCGUAGCUGCUGCCCGGGUUCCUUUAAAUGUUGCAAACGUAAGAUCAACAGCGGCCUCUGUUUUGUUCAUCGGAAAGAACCCGCGAGUUUACUCAGAGUUGCUUUUUCUUAUUCCUGCACUGGUUGAUCUAAGAGAUAUAAUUUGGCGACUGUGAUGCUCUAAGUAUAGACUGAGUCCUGGGCAGAUUGGAUGGAAAAACGUAGCGGUAUUCCAGUCUGUUCAGCUGUUGAUCGUCUGAUUGGAACGGAUGAUCUUGUCCUUCCAUUUUGUUUAGUUGAGGAGCAGUAUAGGCGAAUUCGAGACGAAGGUUAACUCUGCUCUGCCCUUUGUGACUACCUGAGAUACUGGCAAGGAUCGGAUAAGUUGGCCACUUGAAAAAAUAAAGAACAGGGACUCCUGUACUGUGGGAAGAAUAGCGAUACCACUUUUAUUAGUAACACAGAGGGGGUCGACAAUAAACAAAAUCGGCGGAGGCCAUUGAGAAAACUCACAUUUCUAUCGUAUAUCUGUACAAUUACUCGAAUGAUGUGCCAAAUCAAACCGCGCGAUUUACAACUAAGGGCAUAUAAACCGGCGAAAAAACAAGCUAUCCGAGGAUACUGGCUAAAUAGGGUCGGACUGGGUAAGACGGUAUGCGGCAGGCAGACUUAAUACUAACCCCAACUCUACCCCUUUCCCUAACCCCAAUCUCCAACUAAGUCUUAACAUUGCACCUCAGUUUGACCUUAAACACAACUGUUAUUAUUUUCUUAAACUUGACUCAAAGCCCGACGCUCAUGCAGCAUGUCAAUCUAAUUUAAAUAAACAGGCAUGUCGCAGAACUAAAAACAUAGGGCUUACAUAUUCGAUUGUUGCCAAGUCGCCCUCUGACAACCGAGCCCAUUUGCUGCUAUCCCCGUUUCGUUUCUUUUUCAGGCCAAGAGUGCAGGAAAGGACAAUGCAAACUAUAAGGCGACGUGAGCAUUAAAUGCUGACACCACCAUCCAGUACCUACUAAUCCCCUCAGCUCUAUCACAUUCACCUGGCAACUCGUGUUAACCCUUCACCUUGCGCUAAGUUUGCCAUGUUGGUGCGCGAACUCUCGCAUGUCUGAUGUACACCCGAGAACACACACACACGAACACACCUUUUCAUUAACUGGCUUACCAAUGAUUCCUUACUGCUGUCAUGUUCUUAAAAUUGUCCUUGAAGUUUAAUAAAUUGAUUAAAGGUCUGGAGGGCGGAGAUGGGUUAACUCGCGACUGUAGCCAAACGGACUCAUCGUGUGCGUUAAGGGGGGGGGGGGAGGCAAGUGAGCCGUGGAUGUCCGCCAAACGUGACCACUGUCAGAUGCCUACACCGCUUUCUCCAGCUUAAUGUUCCAAUGCAAUUAAAUAACUCGUAGCGGCUGCCCGGGUUCCUUUAAAUGUUGCAAUUGUAACCUCGACAGCGGCCUCUGUUUUGUUCAUCGGAAAGAACCUGCGAGUUUACUCAGAGUUGCUUUUUCUUAUUCCUGCACUGGUUGAUAUAUGAGAUAUAAUUUGGCGACUAUGAUGCUCUAAGUAAAGACUUAGUCCUGGGCAGAUUGGAUGGAGAAACCUAGCGGUAUUCCACUCUGUUCAGCUGUUGAUCGUCUGACUGGAACUGAUGAUCUUGUCCUUCCAUUUGGUUUAGUUGAGGAGCAGUACAGGCGAAUGCGAGACGAAGGUUAACUCUGCUCUGCCUUUUUUACUACCUGAGAUACUGGCAAGGAUCGGAUAAGUAGGCCACUUAAAAAAAUAAAGAGCAGGGACUCCUGUACUGUGGGAGGGGUAGUAAUACUACUUUUAUAAGUAACACAGAUGGGGACGACAAUAAACAGAACCGGCAGAGGGCAUUGAGAAAACUCGAAUUUCUAUCAUAUGUUUGUAUUAUUACUCGAAUGAGGUGCUAAAUCAAACCGCGCAAUUUACAAUAAGGUCAUAUAAGCCGUCGAAAAAACAGGCUAUCCGAGGUUACUGGCUAAAUAGGGUCGGACUGGGUAAAACAGUAUGCGGCAGGCAGACUUAAUACUAACCCUAACUCUACCCCUAUCCCUAACCCUAAUCUCCAACUAAGUCUUAACAUUACACCUCAUUUUGACCUUAAACACAACUGUUAUUAUUUUCUUAAACUAGACUCAAAGCCCGACUCUCAUGUAGCAUGUCUACCUAACUCAAAUAAACAGGCAUGUCGCAGAACUAAAAACAUAGGGCUUACAUAUUCGAUUGUUGCCAAGUCGCUCUCUGACAACGGAGCCCAUUUGCUGCUACCCCCGUUUCGUUUCUUUUUCAGGCCAAGUGUGCAGUAAAGGACGAUGCAAACUAUAAGGCGACGUGAGCAUUAAAUGCUGACACCACCAUCCAAUACCUAAUAAUCCCCUCAGCUCCAUCACAUUCACCUGGCAACUCGUGUUAACCCUUCACCUUGCGCUAAGUUUGGCAUGUUGGUGCGCGAACUCUAACAUGUCUGAUGUACACCCGAGAACACACACACAAACACACCCUUUCAUUAACUGGCUUACCAAUGAUUCCUGACUGCUGCCAUGUUCUUAGAAUUCUCCUUGAAGUUUAAUAAAUUGAUUGAAGGUCUGGAGGGCGGAGAUGGGUUAACUAGUAACUGUAGCCAAACGGACUCAUCAGGUGCAUUAAUAAGGAGGCAAGCUGUCCUUCGACAACUCAGGCCCCGGGGCCAACCUCCUUGAAAAAUUGCCGCCUGCGCAUGCUUUAUGAGCGUGGACCCUCACGAAAUCCACAAACUGUAAUUUUGGUAAUCACUCCAUACCGUUCAAGUAGUCUGAGGAGUUGGCGGAGACGUCUUUUCGCUCUAAUGUCCAGACAAGUGAUCAGACCCUGGCAGGGUGGUAGAGCAAUGAAAUGCAGAAGAGCAUCGGAGUGUUAUGCCCCUAAGGAAGAGAGAGUGAGAUUUCCGGGACAGCCUUGCCGUUUCCUCAGCCUGUUUUCCACGAUGUCGCACGAGUCAAAACUUGCCUUAUCUGACUUCCAACGGCUCUGAAGCAGCAUGGACUGGGUCUACUGCUUGUGGACUGACUGUUUCUCGUGUGAUUUUAGCAUCCAAAUAGGUGGGACGUAGCAUACACACACAUGCAGUAGAGUUCAACGAUCGGUUUUGACUAUGUCCACCGUGUGCUUCCCAGUAAGGCGGAGCAGGGACGGUGAUUUGUGAGUGCGUUGGUUUAUAGUGGUGGUGGACUUGCACAGCAUCUACCGCGCUCUCUCCUCCCCAUUCCCUACAUGGCCCUGGUGCCAAGAUAGAGUCAAGAAGACCGGAGGUGGGGGAGGGCGCAGGUGGCUGGCACGGCCAGAGCCGCACCUACGCGUACCACCACACCCCCUGGUCCACACAGCAAAUGACCAGGAUUGUUCUUCAACAACAACAACAACUCCCAAACAGGGGGCCAGAGCGACGAGAAUGACUGGGUAACCAUGCCCACAACCAGUAUAUCCGGUGGGUGCGCAGGCGCACCUAUUGGCAUGCAACCAGGUGUCAGGGAACUGCCAUCGCAUACCAGACUGAGAGGGCUAUGGUUUACUAAUACUGGCAAAGCACACGCUAACCGGACCUUUUGACCUAGAAGGUACCACUUCUAGCCUGGGCCGUUACCCAAGGUAAGGUAACCAAACUGAGUCUUCGACUGAGAGGCACUAUCCAUAGAAUACGUACACUCCUCACAUACACGAGUGUCACAAAUCCCUGGAGAAGGAGCCGCUUCAGCCUGGCUCUCAGCCCACCUCUCCACACAAACACACACAACUGGACGGACUGAGUUGGGACGUCAGUCGGUUCCCAUCCGAGCCACGACGUUCGACACACCGUGGCAGUCUCAGACUCCGAUCGCACAUGCAGCUGGGAGUCUCAUAGAUAAGGAGCGGAGACGCACGCUUCCCACUUCCGUGGGAGAUGGCGGUUGGGUGUCUGAGGUGGGUGAGUUUGAUGUGCGGUGAGAUGCUAGUGGGGGAGGAUGUGAUGCAGCCGGCGGUGAUCUAACGCAGGAUUUCGUGGACGCGCAUGUGGCCUAAUAGACCCAUGCGGUGAUUAAAUGUGCGAGUGCAAUGUGGGCAAUGGAGGCAGAUACGGCGAGUGUAGGUUAGUACUCCAGGCACUGAUUUGUCGGCCUCUGUGCGAUGGAUCCGCAGGUGACCUAUCAGGCCGAUGCGUGGGACGAAUGUGCGGGGACAAUGUGGACGUAAGAAGUCGUGGUGUCAGUAUCAACUUCACUGGUGGGGUUGUGCAGAAAGCCGUAGUGUGGCGCAUUCUACCCCCCGGAAACAUUAUUCCUCGCAGCCAGCCAAAAAUAAAGGAAAUCUUGCAGUCGAUCGCCUUCGCGGCUUGCUUUUGCCUCGGAAUCGUCAGAUUCGCCAGUUGACUGAGGGAAAACCCCAUUUACCAACAAAUCCCUGUGCUGUAUCUAAGUCUAUAGCUUUCCUGAUUGUAGGAUGACGUUGGGCACGGGGUUUUCUGAGGCAUUUGGAGAGUACUAAGUCAAUCUGUCGAACGCACGCGUGUUAAAAGGUCGAAGAGGACUUGCAAUUUCCACGUUGGAGGUUCAAAUGUGAGCGUUCAUCGUGUGACUGCACACUUUCCUCGAACUGAAUCAACGGAAUGUUGGGCCUUUGGGCUCAAAAACCUACCCAGACAUUCUGCCUCGAGAGGGUUGGUGUGCGCAUACAAGAGACGGUAGAUCUGUAUGAAUCGAUUUUUGACGUCAGUAAGGUACGAGCUGGUCCCAUGUUUACUGAUGAAAACCAUGACAUAAGCUACGAUUACGGACACUGGCUGGGCAAUUUUAUUCUUUAUUUCAUCAUAUCUGUAGGCCAACUAGUGUCUGUUGCAAGCCAGAGAUGUGGUGGUACGCCCAGGCGCGGAUUUCACCGUUUCAGCCACCGACGGCCUCUCCCGUCUCCAGUUUCGGCUCUGUCUUGACACCGGGCCGAGGUGGAGGAGGAGGAGGAGGAGGAGGAGGAGGAGGAGGAGGAUGAGGAUGAGGAUAAGGAUGAGGAGGAGGAGGAGGAGGAGGAGGAGGAGGAGGAGGAGGGGAUAAAUGUGGUAGACGCUGCGUAA